CAGUCAAAGGAGACGCGCAAGUUUCUGGAAAAAAUUCCAUUUCUUUUUCUUAGUCUGCGUCUGUCCCACUUCAUCUUUGAACAUCAGGCUUAGAGUUCAUUCCCUCUUGGCAGUUUAAAAUUUCGGUUUCCUUGAUCACGUUUUUUCGCUCUCUGUUUUAAGGAUUCUCUGACUGUCUCUGCUUCUGUUAAUUUUCCCUUGUAUAGGGAUCUUCGUUCUCUCAAUUUUUCUGCAGUUAGUCAUGUUCUUGAGCUUGUGCUGCUGCGAUUCAGUUGCAACGAUUAUGGGUUUUCUGAGAUGUAGACAUGUUUGUGGAUUUCCUCCGUUGGUGAACUUCUUUUAAUCCUUCAGUAUAAAUGGGUUCAAGAAAUAUACCUGUAGGUGCUUCUCUAGAUUCUUCUGAUUCAGUUCAACAUAGGCAUCUCAUGGUGAUUGCUAAUAACUUGUUAAGAAACGGAGAAAGAAGCUUCACAAGCCGUGAGCACUAUGGAGUACUAGAUCAGGUGUCCAGUCCAGUAAGAAGAGAAGUGGUUAACAGACCAUCUUCUUCAAUGAAAACUCUCAUCGAUGAUGAAUUCGAUCUGGAAGGUGGAAUAGUAGAAAAAGAUAGAGAUGAAACACUACGAAGGACUAGGGUACUGAAAAUUCACAACCAGGCUGUACUGUCUGGUUUUGCGUAUUGCAUCUCAUCCUGCAGCAUGAUAUUGGUAAACAAGUUUGUAAUGUCCAGCUAUAACUUUAGUGCUGGGAUAUCUUUGCUGCUUUAUCAGAAUCUCGUCUCCGUGGUUAUUUUAUCCAUCUUGAGUUCUUUUGGCAUAAUAUCAAGAGAACCGCUUUCAUGGAGACUGAUUCGAGUCUGGUUGCCUGUGAACAUUAUAUUUGUUGGGAUGCUCAGUACAAGCUUUUUUAGUCUGAGGUACAUUAAUGUUGCUAUGGUAACAGUCUUGAAGAAUGUGACCAAUGUCAUAACUGCUGUUGGGGAAAUUUAUCUUUUCAAGAAGCAUCAUAACAGAAGAGUCUGGGUGGCAUUAUUCUUGAUGAUUGUUUCGGCAAUUUCUGGAGGAAUUACAGACCUUUCAUUUCAUUUAGUCGGCUAUAUGUGGCAGAUUACUAAUUGCUUUUUGACGGCAUCAUAUUCUCUAACACUACGGAGGGUCAUGGAUACAGCAAACCAAGUCACGAAAUCUGGAAAGUUGAAUGAAUUUUCAAUGGUCUUUCUCAAUAACAUUCUAUCAUUGCCUCUGGCAAUUCUGCUUGUUUUCUUGUUCAACGAAGUGGAUUAUCUCUCGAACAUCAGAGAAGGAAAUCUGUAUGGGCUAUGAAAAUUUGUUGCAGCAUUAGUAAUUUUCUUCAUUUGAAGUUAUUGGACAUGACCAAGUAAUUAUAGUUUUUUCCCC